UCGGCUCGCAGGCCAAUCUUGUAUACGUAUGCUCAUAGCGUUAUUCGAGAUACGGUAUUAGUUUCGCUCCCGUAUAGAUUUUGGAUUUGUGCGAUAGUGAGAAAGUAAAAACGGGUGUAAAAGGUGUGAAAGAACGGCGAAUUCCCGUGGAAAGUGGUCUCGGCGAGAUCGCGAGUCAUUACAAGGAACUUGGCCAAGCCAUUUUUCUCCCACAGCUCGACGCCGCCGGCCAAUGAGGUCGCGCGUGAUCGUCCAUUUUACUUUCGCUACGAUCGCACGGAACGACAACUGAAGAAUCUCGGUCGGAUCUCCAUAUCGUCAUGCAGUUUCAAGGAGGAUCGUAAACGAAGAACAGUUGGGUUCCGAUCUGUGCACGUCUGUGGAAGGCUAGCACUAUCACCACGUCCUGUGUCCCAUUCGCAGCGGCACCAGCGACUCUACGAGCUCCGUUUGACAAGCAAAUCUACAUCGCGAUGGUCUUAGCGGAGAGAAACUCGGAAAAUGUGCGGAACGGCCGUAGAUCGCGAGGCCCCAGCCCCAACGCACAGACCGAAUCAUCCAGCGAGGAGGAAGGAGUUCCAGCAGAGAAAAUAAGAGUUGGACGAGAUUAUCAGGUCGUUGUUCCAGAAUUUGUUCCUGUUAAUGAGCGUCGAUUGGAUCAGUGUCCCGAUAGGGCAUUAUUAGUUUGGUCACCCACUACAGAUAUACCAGACCAAAAACUGGACGAGUACAUUAUAUUGGCUAAGGAGAAAUAUGGUUACAAUGGAGAGCAAGCAUUGGGAAUGCUAUUUUGGCACAAGCACAAUUUGGAACGUGCGGUUCUCGAUCUGGCAAAUUUUACACCGUUUCCUGACGAGUGGACUGUCGAGGAUAAAGUAUUGUUUGAACAGGCGUUCCAAUUUCAUGGAAAGAGUUUUCAUCGCAUUCGACAAAUGCUACCUGAUAAAUCUAUUGCGAGCCUUGUAAAAUAUUACUACAGCUGGAAGAAGACACGAACUAGAACAUCGCUGAUGGACAGACAAGCGCGUAAAUUAACGAGCGGUUGCAAAGAGGGCGAAAACGGCAGUGAAAACGGGAGUGAGCUUGGUUCCAACACAGAUAGCGAAUCUGAAGAAAAAAAAUGGACGAUCCACCGCGGAAUACGUCGUGGAAAGAACCAAGCUGUGCCAGGAAGCCAAGGCACUGACGCUAAGGCCCCAUCCGACUCGGAAAACGCCCCUCAGGUUCAGGGCUCGUGUAGCAACUGUGGCAUUGCAUGCCAUAGUGUCCGUGCGACGCCCAAGGGACACGCGUGUCAUAGCUGCUAUCUACAUUGGAGGCGCACUGGUGUAGCAAGACCGUUAACUUCCAUGCCAGGUCGUACAAAUAAAAGAAAACCACCUCGAGGCUUGGUUGUGAAUCAUGAUGAUUUAGCAGCUUUAGCUGGUCAACCAAAUCAGGCCAACAACAGUUUGCAAGCUAUCGACACUGAAAUCGUUAGCUUAAAGCGUCAAAUACAAGCUAAUAAACAGCAAGUAAGCGCACUAAAACGAAAGACUGCUGACGGUAUCGACCACCUACGACCGCCGGAAGUAUCAAGCCGUAUAAAUGCUCGUUGGACAAAUGACGAACUACUGUUAGCUGUUCAAGGCAUUAGAAAGUACGGAAAAGAUUUUGCUGCAAUCGCUGAAGUUAUUGGAACCAAAACAGAAGCUCAUUUACGAUCAUUUUUCGUGAACUAUCGACGAAGAUAUAAUUUGGAUGCAGUUUUGAAGGAAUUUGAGGCUGAAAAUGGUCCUAUUCUUAUCGAUGAUGAUAAAGAAGAAAAGAUGGAUGUUGAUCAAACAAAUGAUACUGCAGAGUCAUCUCAGAAAGGGAAAACUUCCACUGGACCAGGACAAGCUGCUAAAUAACAAAUGAGUAUAAAUACAAAGCGAGAAAGGACUAAUUGCAGGGUCAGUGAUAACAACCGAUAAUAGCGUGUUGAGUGAUUGAAUUUAUCAUUUGUUUAAUUAAACUUCUCUUUUUUUUUUUCCUUUAAUUUUUCUUGUCUCGAUCAAGAAUGAUACAAAGCACAGAAAUUUACUUUUGAAGAUCUAAAUUUAACUGCAUGAUAUCAUAAUUUAUAUAAACCGAUAAUGCAUUUAUCAUAAUCUGAUAUACACUUAGUAAUUUUUAUUUUUUGUACCCAAGACUGGCUUUUAAUCCACUUAUGUAUAAAAGAUAAUAUACACGUUACAUAUGUAUUAUAUAAUAUGUAUUAUACAUUAUAUUAAAAAGAUGUAUUAUACAUAUGUAUUAUACAUUAUGUUAAAUCUCCAUUAAGAGCGUAUUGACAAAAAAAGAACACGCAGUCGCAAAAUGCUUAUCACAAUAUAUAUCAAUAUCAAGAUGCAUCUUAUAUUUAAAAUCUAAAUACUAUUUUCAUAUAUAUAUAUUACGUAUCGAAAAUUUAUUUCUCUUGUUUAUGAAUUAUUUAAAACACGAUAUAAAUUUUGAAUUAAUGUGUAAAAUUUGUGACAAUGUUAAAUUAUGGAAUUGAUCUCAUUUGAAAAGAGAGAAUUAUGAUAUAAUAAAUUAUCACAUAGGGAAAUCAUAAACAUGUUAAAAGAAUUUUAUCAUAGACAUAAUAAGUAUAGACCGAGCAUCCACUGUAUAAGCGUUAAUGCAUACGAAAAGAAAGACAAAAGAUAUGAGAUAAGUUUCUUUCUCUUUUUAAUGCCAGAGAAGUGGGGAGCACUUCUCAUCUCUUCGCGUCGAUUCAUCAUUUCCCCUUCUUUCCUCUCCCUACUACGAUGAUGUAAGAGAGAGAAAGAACUCAUCUUACAUCUUUUGUCUUUUUUUUCAUAUGCAUCACGCUUAUACAUAAAUGCUCGGUCUAUACUUACUAUGCUUUGAAUUUUAUAGACUAAAAAUUGUGUGUUAAAGCGUUGUGAAGAACGUUUUAGUGUUCAAAUGUCUUUGUUCUCGUCUUUAAUAUUAUUUAUGUGAGAAUUGCUAUUCGAUAAACAUAUGAAUGCAUUUUAUAUAAUAAUUUCACUAUUUAUCUUUGUUUUCAUCUUUAAUAUUAUUUAUAUGAGAAUUGCUAUUCGAUAAAAAUAUGAAUGGAAUUCUAUAUAAUUUUACUAUUUGUGCAUACUUACAUCACUUUCGUGUGUGUGCGUACGCGUCUUUAAAUUUUAUUACUCAUAAUUUUGCAUUCUUCUAUUUUUCUCUUUUUUUUUUUGUUUUAUAAUCGUCCAUAAUUUUAUAGACGACUAUUAUAUCUCUCAAAUUGGCUAAUAGAUAACAAAUAUACAAUGAUUUAAAUAUUGUUUUCAAUUAAUAUUGAACAAUAUUCGAAUAUAAUUAAAAUAUUAUGAGAGUUAUGUUAUAAUACGAAUAUCCAAGCAUUUAAUUUUUUUUCUCGUUUGAAUUACAAUUUUGACAAUAGUUUACACUGCUUUAUACACUUAAGGCUCUUGGUUGCUCAGCCGAGAAUUCGGUGUUGACAGUGGCGACAUAAAUAGUAAGAAUAAAAACUGUAAGGCAAGGAAGUGACGUGUUGAUAACCUAAUUUAUUCUUGCGUGCCAUUUUGUUAUUCACUUUGUGCUAAUGCUGUAACGUGCAACAUAUUUGUAAGACUCUUAAAAUUUACUGAAAACUAAUUAUUUGUGAACAAAACAGUACGUGAAUAGAUAUUCGUGUUAGUAUGAGAAAUUGACUAUUUCUUUCGAGUGUGGGGAGUGAACGCACGAAAGCGAGAGCCACUUUCGGUGCACAAGUAACGAAAAGAUAUAUUUUCCACUCUUUCGAUAGCUAUCAAAUUGCGUAUUUUAUCACAUAACUAAGCUUUGUAUAACAGUUGUUUAUUAACUGUUAAAAGGAAAGUAUAGUUUUUGGUAUAUCUUGCAAUUAUAUUAAAGCGAUUUAAAGUGUUAUUUUAUUGAAAUAUCUUUUUAUUUAGAAAUGUAUGGCACGCAAAAAUUCUUACAUAAUAUUUCUUGCCUCUAAUGUCACGAAUUCAAUACAGCUGUGGCGAGUAUCCAAGAACCUUAAAAGACCUUAAUUAUGUAUGGUAAUAGUGCCAAAAUAUUAACAAUUUUUCGCAUUAUGAUAAGUAGCAAUUGAAAACAUAUUAUAUUUCAUAUUUGGUAAAUAUGCAAUAUAAUUUCUCUCACUUUCAAUUUUGCUGAAAUUAAAUUACAUUUUAAAAAAUAAUUUCAAUCUUUAAUUAAAGCAGAGAAUAUUUGCUAACAUAAAUUAAAAUUUAAAAUUUUAGUCACAAACUAAUAUUUCCUGUUGUAGUUAAAAUUAUUUUUUUUUAUUAUUUCUAGUUAAAAUAAAAAAUAUUUGUUAAUAUGAAUUAAUAAAAUAUACAUUUUUAAGCAUAAACAAUUAUAAAUAUGCAAAAUUAAUCAACAUCAUUCGAUUAUAAUCUGUUAAAUUUUGAUUCAGAACAUUGAUUGUAUAAAAGGCCACGAUUUAGCAUCACCAAUAACAUUUUGAACAAGAAGCCAAGGAUUGUUAAUAAGCUGUUCGACUGAAUAACUUAUUUUAAUUUAUAAAUUACAAUAUUUAAAAAUAUGACAAUUAAAGAAUAUGUGCAGUAUCUUUAUAGUCAUAAAUUUAUCAUUUUGUAUUUUUAUCAAUCAAAAAACUUUAAAAUUAAUUUUUUUAAAAGAACAACUUGAGCGACAAUUUUUCUUCUUACGAAAAAUUUUACACAUAAAAAUACACAAAUUUACAAAGUUAGAAGAAAACUGAAGGUGAGAUCGUUAUAUUGUAUAUUUACUUCAUAUUUAAUAACGUGAAUAAAAUAUAAGCUGUUUGACAAUGGAUUAUAAUUAAACAUUAUAAUCAAUUAUAAAAUCAUUAUGCGAGUAUAUAAAUUGUCAUUAAAAUUUAACUCACUUAUUGAUACAAAGUCGUGGUUUGAUGAAGAAAGCUCAUCUUCCAGAUGAGAAAAAAAUGUGAUGUUUUUACAACAUGUAGUGUUCUUACAAAUUGAUAAAAUGAUUUGUCAUAAAAAGUGUGGCACUUAUUACCAUCUAAUGGCUAUAAUAUACAUAGUAAAAUGUUGAAAAAUUAGCUUCAUGAAUGGGGAAAAGAAAUAUAAUGUUUUUAUAAAAUGAUAAUGCACAUCUUUAUAUUAACAUGAUGAUUUCUGUACAAAAUCUAAGCUUCAUUUCACAAAUGUAUUAAUAAGAUUAAUAUAUAGAGCGCACAGAGUUUACUAAAUUUAAUAAAAUAUCUAUUAUAAGAGAUGUGUGAUCAUGUAUAAUAUGGAAUGUAUAUUUUUUGAUCUAUAUUGUUUGUAAUAUAGCUCGUUUUUUUUUUCCCUAAAAUUUAUUUAGUCUUUUUUAAAAACGUACAGUAUAAUAAUAUAACAUUGGAUAGAGACUUCACAUUUCCGUCGCAAGAAAAGUCUAUGGAGUUUUUUUUUAUUUUACCACUUUCACAAUAUUACCACUUAAUUCUUAAAAUAUCUAAUUGCGUUCAAGUUCACAUUUUAUACUUAUCAUUUUGAUGUAUGAAAUAAUAAAAAUUGCUUGUCAUACAAUCAAACUAAAAUUUUGCUACAGUGUUAAAAUAUGUUUUAACUAAUAAUAUUAACUAAUAUGUAUUAACUAAUAGUUACCUAAGAAAACGUCUCUGUCAUUACACACAAAAAUUAUAUAGCAAUUUCAAAAAUACAAACAGCUUCUCGCGAAAAAUAAAAUAUAAGACUACAAAUAUAUUGUAAUGUGUAUGUGAAUUAUAAAUCCGCUUAUAUAUAUUUCUUUAAAUUUUUUUCUUCGUAUUGGUGCGAUCUGAUAACGUCUGAAUGUUUACAAAGUCUGUUAGCUCUUUCAUUGAAUUUGAGUGAAAAGUAUCUAUCACAACAAUUUUCAUUACACAUUCAAAAAAAGAUCAAAAGCUCAUACUAUUCUUAUUAUACAUAUUUUUCACAAGAAAACAUCUAGCUAGUAAUUUAAGUAACUACUUAAUGUGUAUAAGUCUAAAUUAAACAAUGUAGCUAGGCAAUGAUCCAUAUACAAUCUAGAUUAAAUAUAUAGAUAUAGAGAUAGUAAAAAGAUUAUUAAAUAAGUAUCCAUAUAUAGUAAUUAUAUAGAGAAAAGCUACAAUAUUAUUUAAAUUAUAUAUUGGCAAAAUGACACAUGCCUGUGAGAACAUGUAUGUAUACAUGUGUACGUAAGAUGAAUGCUUCAACAGAUUAAUCGCAAAUUUUUAAGUAAUUCGUAAGCAGAAUCAUUUCGACGAGUUUCCCUUUAUAUAGAAUUUCCCUUAAUAUACAUAGAAAUAUUAACAAUGAAAGCUUGCGUUCACUGAUAGUAACAUAUCACGCAAACGCGACAAAACUCUUGCCAAUAAAUUAAGAUGAUAUAAAAACUGAACACCAUUUAUGUAAUAAUAGGUAAAAAGCAUUAUUAUACUAAGAACAAAUUAUAUAGUUAGAUAAAUCGUUGCUCAGUUCGUGAAGAUGUGCAUUAUCAUUGUUUAUGUGUAUGUGUAUGCGUGUGUAUGAGAAAGAGAAAGAACAUGUAAUUUCCACAAGCGAAAUCUGAAGUUUUUUACAAAAAUCUACUUUUCUCAAAAAUUGUUAGAUUGAUCCGCACCUUUGUGUAAAUGUUUUACAAAAGAAUAUUAACAUAUACAUAUUGCAUUUUAUUUAUUUUCAUGUUAGACUUACUAUUAGUUUUAGAUAUAAUAUUUUAAUAUAUUCGCACAUAUAAUACUUUUUUUUUUUUACUAAGAAUUUGCCGGAGAAAAUACGACUUGAGUAUCAAUGUAAUGAGAUAAAGGACGGUAUUGCGCUGUACUUUUCUUUAUAUACAAGAAAAGCUGCGUGCACAGCUUCUCUAAAUGUAAUACUUCUUCAUACAUCCUUUGUAAGAAACAAAAAUUUGAUCAAUUAAAUUUCUGCUGCAUGUAAAAACUUGCAAAUCAUAUUGAUUUAAACACGAUUAAUGUAGCGAUGUAAAUAUCUUUGCUAUCUCAUGUAGUAUAGAUAUUUACAAAGAAAAUUGAAAUUGUCAUUAUGUAUUAGCUACGAUGUAUAUAGCAAUGUGGCGAUCAAGAAGGAAAUAACAUAUUUAAAAAAAAAGAUAUAUAAAAGAAUAUAUAUUAUAGUAUAAUGUGUAUAUGUAUAAAGAGCGAUAAAAAGCCUACGUUAUACAUAUUCCUUGGAAUAUGUGUAUCAUACAUUCAGCAGGCUAAAUUGUACACAUGUAAUUAUACAAAAUUAAAUAUAUCUUGUGUAUUGUACGAA